AUGGGAUCCAAAAACAACACAUUCACUAUUCUUAUGUUCCCGUGGCUCGCCGAAGGACACAUAUCUCCCUUUCUCCAACUCGCAAAAUCGCUCGUAGAAAGACGACCCUUCCGACUAUACUUCUGCUCGACCGCCGCCAAUUUUGCCUCUAUAAAUGGGUUUAUCGACGCCAAUUCGUUAAAUGACACCGUCGAAAUCGUCGAGCUCCUUCUAGAAGCUUCUCCCGAACUCCCUCCGCGCUAUCAUAGCACAAAAAACGUGCCCUCCGAGCGUCGUACCGAUCUCUUACAAGCCUUUCAAGCGUCACGUCACAACUUCUCGGAUAUUGUCGAUGCCGUGAGCCCCGACGUUGUAAUUUACGACGUGUUUCAGCCGUGGGCCUCGAAAAUCGCUUCGUCGAACGGGAUUCCCGCCGUCUUGUUUUGUACCACGGGGGCCUUCGCGUCGGCUUCUCUGCAUCACCGCCACACGUUUGGCGAUUACGACUUACCGUUCACGACGAUCCGUUUAGAAGACUACGAAAUGAAAAUUCUCGAUGCCGAAAUCAACUACUUGCGGCACAAAGUAGUCGACGCUGGCUCCGGAUUCUUCUUUGGAACGUUCGAGCUAUCUCAUGACAUCGUUUUAAUAAAGACAUGUAGAGGCAUCGAAGGGAAAUACGUCGACUACCUUUCGACUUUGUGCCGCAAGACAUUAGUACCCGUCGGGACGCUCGUCAACGAUGGCAUCCGCGGCCACACGGGAAGCUCUGAGAUCAUCAAUUGGCUAAGCGAGAAAACCCGCCAUUCGACCGUAUUCAUUUCCUUCGGGAGCGAGUACUUCUUGUCGAAGGCCGAGAUCGGCGAAAUCGCAAAAGCUCUAUCGAUUUGCGACAACGUCAAUUUCAUUUGGGUCAUCCGGCAUCCCGUCGGAGACACCGUCGCCGUCGAAGACUUUCUGCCGCAAGAAUUCCUCGACUGGGUCGGCGAGCGGGGCAGAGUCGUAACGGGAUGGGCACCUCAGGCCGAUAUUCUGGCGCACGAAAAUACGGGAUGUUUCGUGAGCCAUUGCGGGUGGAGUUCAGUUACGGAAAGCAUGUACUUCGGCGUCCCGAUCGUUGCCGUGCCGAUGAAGGUCGAUCAGCCUCUAAAUGCUCGGAUGCUCGCCGAGGCCGGCGGCGGCAUCGAGGUCCGAAGAAACGGCGACGGCGAAUAUACGGCGGAGGCAAUUGUUGGGGCAUUGCGGAAAGCUAUGUCAGAAAAUAGCCUUAGAUAUGGAGUUCGAGAAUUGAACAAGACAACUAGAGACGAAAACGAGCUUCUACUGAAUAAAGCCGCUAAGCAGCUCUGGCAGUUGUGCCUUAAGGGUUGUAAGAAUAAUUAGGGACGCAGCAUGGCGCGGAUAGUUUUCCGUCGCAAAAUAUAUUCGGGACAAUAUUAAGAUUAAUAGAGAUAAAAAUCGGAAAUUAGAAUGAAAACUGAUUAAAUAAUUGUGCUUUGAGAGCUUCACUCCAUAAC